AAUCGAGUUUGGUCACGUUCAUAUUCUCUGUACAUUUUUGUAUAUCUUGUAUAAAAACAUUUGUAAAUGUUUUUGUCUUUAGCGAUAUUAUUAUUUCAGUUACUCGGUUGUAAAUAAACAUUGCAAAAGAGACCCGGAAGUAGUACAGUAACGUGACUGCCUCUUGAGCUAAACAGAACCAGAGCAGCAUAUUGGUACCUAUGUAAACAGCAGAGGUACGUUUACAGACUGUCCAAAGUGCAAAACCACGUAAAACCGCAGCCGUGUUGUAAAAAAACAUUAAGUUAUUUGCUCUUUACUCGCCUGUUUGGAACUGCAGUCAAACUGAUGAGACUUCUUCUGAGUUCCUUUCCUACAGUUCGAAGUUUAUUUUGUAUUACACGCAGAUCAGAACAGUGCAGGACAUUAAGUGGUGUAGCAAUGCGCCUGGUACAGUUUCAUUACAAUGAAGAUUUAGAAAAGAACAUUCGAGUGGGAGUGGAGCAGGGCGCAGGUCUGGAUGUGGUGGAUUUGAAGGCUUUUGACCCCUCUGCACCUUCCACCAUGAAGGUGCUACUGGAGCUUGGAGACAAAGGCCUGGAGGGGGCUCAGAGAGCUCUGAAUUCUGGUCAGUGUGUGGUAAAACGGUCAAGCAUUAAGCUGCUGUCUCCUAUCCUGGCUCCAGAGAAGGUCGUGUGUGUGGGCAUGAAUUAUCGUGACCACUGUCUGGAGCAAAACGUCCCCAUCCCAAAAGAACCCAUUAUUUUCAGCAAGUUCCCCAGCGCCAUCACUGGGCCUUAUGAUGAGAUCCUUCUGCCUUCAGAGAGCCAGGAAGUGGACUGGGAGGUGGAGCUGGCCUUUGUCAUUGGACGAAAAGGAAAACACAUUAAGGAGGAGGAUGCACUUUCAUAUGUGGCUGGGUUCACCGUGGCCAAUGACGUCAGCGCCCGCGAUUGGCAAAUGAAGCGAAAUGGAAAGCAGUGGCUUCUGGGAAAAACCUUUGAUUCCUUCUGUCCACUUGGUCCUGCCUUAGUAACAACUGAUGCUGUUACAGAUCCACAUAAAUUGGGUGUACGUUGUCUGGUUAAUGGAGACAUAGUCCAGGACAGCAGCACAGACCAGAUGAUCUUUGGUUUACAAAAACUGGUUGCCUGGGUCUCAAGGUUUAUGACUUUGUCUCCUGGAGAUGUUUUCCUGACUGGUACACCUCCAGGAGUAGGCGUUUUCAGGUCACCACCAGUCUUCCUCAAGAAAGGAGAUAUUGUGGAGUGCCAAAUAGAUCAGUUGGGUUCUAUAAUAAAUAAGGUAGUCUGAUUCUGUUACUUAAAAUUAUGUAUAUUUGUAUUUAAUCCUCUACAAAAAAAUAGAUGGCAAAAUCCAAGUCUGUUGAGACUGGAAUAUGAAUCCAUUACUGCUACUCAAAUACUGUAAUAUUUAUGUGUGAAAUAUGUUUUAGACAGUGCAAGUGGGUAUAUAUUCAUUAUUACUUGUUUAAUGUAAGAUUUUCAACACCAGAUGGCAGUAGAGUUGCACUGUUGAAUGGUAAAACUUCCUUGUAAUCUGCUCAAAGCCUAUCUUGACAUUGUAAAAAGGACAGCUGUCGGUCCAUUGAACACACUGAAAGAUGAAUGAUGACUCUGCAAAGAACCCUUCUUUAACCAAUAUUUAAUUUCAAAUAAAACUGAAUACAUACAAGACUGAACAUUGUAUGAUCAACAUAAUUUACAUAAGGUAUAAAAGCCCUCAUGUUAUAGUAUUAAUCAGCUAUGUUAAUUGUAAUAGAAAUUGUGCAUUACAUUUCUCAGAUGAACUUGUCAAAACCAAAUUUCUGAAGCAAACACAGAGAAUCAUCCUCAUUAUAAACAUAGUGAAAAACAGAAGCUGCCUCUCUCCUACAGAACAUCUUCACAACUGAUUACACAUAUUCAGAGUCUUCAUCUCCUGUGGAUUUAUGCUAAUGUUAUUAGUAAACAAACUUAAAAUCGACCUCACAUCACUACAGAAAUUCAGGUCACGUAAAGACACUGUGUCCUGACUCAGCAUUCAUCUUCAAACUGGUGAAAAUGCGGUCUCCUCCAAAACAAACAUAAACGAGGUACAACGCUACAAAACAAUAGUGCUGAGGCAUUGAGUCAGGCAGCUUUGUUAAACGUGAUAAUUGUAGAGGUACUGGGAGAUGAAGCCGUGCAGUUUUUGUCUGUUUUCUGACGAGUGGAACAAAGGGCUGACACUCAGGAAAACGCCUUCUUUCUCGUGCUUCUCCAAAAGGAUCUAAAGUGAAUAUUAACACAGCAUCAGAAGACCAUCUACAGCAGCUUUGACAACAUGAUUAAUGUGGGUAUAAUGUACACCCAGGCUGUUUCAUUAUUAGUGAUUAUAGGUAGUAAGUGUAAUAAAAACAUCUAUUUGAAGUGAAAAUUAAGUCAAAAUGUUCCACUUUGAUAUGAUUUUAAAUAGGAAUGCAUCAACUUUUAUACCCUUUACCUAUUUUCUGUAUAAACAAGAUAUUUUUGGUAUUAAAAUAAACUUUUAAAAGGC